CGUGCUGCGGCGGAACGGCUGUUGGCCUGUGUUGGGUACCGGUCCCCAGCUCCUGGGGGCUCUCCCGUCUUCUGCUUCUCCCGCUGAGCUGCGGCCUGGUGAAGAGGAAGCCAUGGCGCUCCGGGUCACCAGGAACACGAAAAUUAAUGCCGAAAAUAAGGCGAAGAUCACUAUAGCAGGCGCAAAGCGCGUGCCCGUGGCCACUACUGCAACCUCCAAGGCCGGGCUGAGGCCGAGAACAGCCCUUGGAGACAUCGCUAACAAUGUCAGUGAACAGCCCCAGGCCAAGCUGCCUCUGAAAAAGGAGGCAAAAACAUUAGCUGCUGGAAAAGUUAUUGCUAAAAAACUACCGAAACCUAUGGAAAAGGCACUGGGGCCUGCAUCUGUGCCUGCGCCCGCGCCUGCGCCGGAACCAGCGCGGGAGCCCGAGCCGGAGCCUGUUAAAGAAGAAAAACUUUCGCCUGAGCCUAUUCUGGUUGAUACUCCCUCUCCAAGCCCAAUGGAAACAUCUGGCUGUGCCCCUGCAGAAGAAUAUCUGUGCCAGGCUUUCUCUGAUGUAAUGCUUGCAGUGAAUGAUGUGGAUGCAGAGGAUGGAGCUGAUCCAAACCUUUGUAGUGAAUAUGUGAAAGAUAUCUAUACUUAUCUGAGACAAGUUGAGGAAGAGCAAGCAGUCAGACCAAAAUACCUACUAGGUCGUGAAGUCACUGGAAAUAUGAGAGCCAUCCUAAUUGAUUGGCUGGUGCAGGUUCAGAUGAAAUUCAGGUUACUGCAGGAGACCAUGUACAUGACUGUUUCCAUUAUUGACCGAUUCAUGCAGAAUAAUUCUGUGCCCAAGAAGAUGCUGCAGCUGGUUGGUGUCACUGCCAUGUUUAUUGCGAGCAAAUAUGAAGAAAUGUACCCUCCAGAAAUCGGUGACUUUGCCUUUGUGACUGACAACACUUACACUAAGCUCCAAAUCAGACAGAUGGAAAUGAAGAUUCUGAGAGCUUUAAAUUUUUGCCUGGGUCGCCCUCUACCCCUGCACUUCCUUCGGAGAGCAUCUAAGAUCGGAGAGGUUGAUGUGGAGCAACAUACCUUGGCCAAGUACCUGAUGGAACUAACUAUGUUAGACUAUGAUAUGGUGCAUUUUCCUCCUUCUCAGAUUGCAGCUGGAGCUUUUUGCUUAGCACUGAAAAUUCUCGAUAAUGGUGAAUGGACACCAGUUCUACAGCAUUACCUGUCAUACACUGAAGAAUCACUUCUCCUUGUUAUGCAACACCUCGCUAAGAACAUAGUCAUGGUGAAUUGUGGGCUUACAAAGCACAUGACUAUCAAGAACAAGUAUGCCACGUCUAAGCAUGCUAAGAUCAGCACUCUAGCACAGCUAAAUUCUGCACUAGUUAAAGAUUUAGCCAAGGCUGUGGCAAAGGUGUAACUUGUGAACUUGAGUUGGAGUACUGUAAUACCUGCAAAUACAAUUGGCACCAUGUGCUAUCUGUAUAUAUUAUAUGUUACAUUUACUUUUAAUAAAGCUGUGGUCCUUUUUACUUCUUAUACCUUAAUUCAUUUGAAUGUGGCUACUUUACUCUAGGGUACCUUAAAAGGUGUGGUAAAUAUAUGGUGGGGAAUAUAAAAAGUGCUUUCGAUUAACUUGGGGACCCAACUAAUAUAUAUAUAACUGUUGCUUACAUUGUUUUUGUUUUAUGUAUCUGGUUUUUACUUGAAGGCAUUCAAAAUUUACUUCCAUAGAGCAUACUGCAUGUAAGCCCAGUGAUCAUGGAGCAUCUGCUGCCUGCCUGGUUCUACUUAAAAGUCUGCCACCUCAUUCCUAGUCCCCCUGUUUUCUGCUCUUCUGGUGGUUGCUUCCAAUAAUUCUAAUCUACUUUUACCACUAUUUCUUAGAUUACCAAAUUUAGUGUCAGCUCUUUAACUGAAAAAAAUAACUUUAAUCUAUAUUCUAAACCUAACCUGCUUGACUUUUUGUUUGUUGGUUUUAUUGGUUGAGAAAAUAAAUGGGGCUCCUCAAACAUACAAAAGUAUCUUUAAAAUUUUAUUUUACCCCUCCCCAACUUUCCUACAUCUCAGUCCAUCCACCUGAAGGAUGUCAACAGUUGGGAUGCAUCCUUUCAUGAUUUCUGUAAACAUAAUCAUGCAUGUAAAUUGUUGAUGUUUUAAAAAAUAGGACUGUUGUACAUACUCAGCAAUGUUCAACAUGUAUAGGCCUUACCCUGUAUUUGCGUAUUAUAUCCCAUAGUAUACUAUAAUGUAUUCGAUCAUUCUGCUGUUGACAUUCAGAUUGUUUUUUUUCUUUGUCUCUAUAAGCAAUACUGUUUAAAUGUUAUUAAAUACCAUGUUUUUUUAAAUGUACACUGGGUUCUCCAAAGUGUAUGUGUAAUCUCAUUUCUAGUGGGUGUUGCUAGGGGACUUUCUCAAUGUCAUCAGCAAUGUGCAAAAGUGUUUGUUUUCUUUGCAAUCUUGCCAGAACUAAAGGUAAUCAUCGUCAUCAAUUUCUGUGAAGUUGGCAAAAAAAAUAUUCUACCUUGCUUGCUGUUUUAAUUUAUACUGCUAAUGGCUACUUGAAUAAAUUUUUGUUGUCUACUAACUUAAAA